GCAGCGGCCCCCACCAACACCACCGCCACCACCACCACUACCAGCAACAGCAGCAGCAGAGAGAUCUCCAACCUCACGACCCACAGCACAAACACCCCGCCAUCAACGCCAGGGCACCGACCCCCUGCAAUCCACAAAACGAGAACGUUUUGCACCAGUUCUGUUGCCCAGCGGCCGACGCAGACCAGCAACCCCCCUCCAGCGCUCACUCGUCCAGUAACGAAGCCAUCUCUCCCGGAGGCGACCCCGUGAACUCCGAGGCAGACGGCCCAGUGAAGAGCGCAGGUGAAUGUGAGAUGAUGGUCGUGGCGACGGAGGCUGCCGGAGCGGACAGCGCCGGCGACCCGGUGAAAUGCCCGUCGGCCGAGGCCAAGGCUUGCCGCAUGAUCCCCCACUCCAGCGCAAUGCUGCAGAAAGCCAGCUUGCACCACACCGCCUCGCCCAUGAGAAUGCAGCGUGGCAAAGGAACAGCAGCCUGCUCACACCAGCCGGCCUCCGACUACGAGUUGUCCCUGGAUCUGAAAAACAAGCAGAUUGAAAUGCUGGAGCAUAAAUACGGAGGACACCUAUUGUCUCGCCGAGCUGCGUGCACCAUCCAGACGGCCUUCCGCCAGUACCAGCUCAGCAAGAACUUUGAGAAGAUCCGCAACUCGCUGCUGGAGAGCCGCAUGCCCCGGCGCAUCUCCCUGCGCAAGGUCAGGCUGCAGAACGCCGACAGCCUGAUGGAGGGCUACAACUUUGCUGGGAUCCCACUGGUGCGCUCGCCCUCGCUGCCCGCCAGCAUUAGCGGGGCGCUGACCGAGCUGGAGGACUCCUUCACCGAGCAGGUCAAGUCUCUGGCCAAGUCCAUCGACGACGCCCUCAGCUCCUGGAGCCUGAAGACCAUGUGCUCGCUGCAAGACGGCAGCACCUACCAGUUCACCGAGACCUUCAGCAGCGGCUCCGUGCAGGAGGGAGCGGCGUGCGAGACGGAGAGGGGAGGGCAGGAGGGCAACGGAGAGAGGCUGGAUGACAGCGGCCUUGCCCACAGCAGCAGCACGCUGAUGAUGGCCUUCAGAGACGUCACCUUCCACAUCGAGAACAAAAACAUGUCUGUCUCCUCGGUGCUCGAGUCUGCUUCCGUUGCCAUGGCGAACUGUAACAACGCACAGUCAGUUGUGGAGCAGAGCUCUUCCGCAGCGGCGGGCGAUCACGGCCAGUGUCGCGAGGAGGGUGAACGGUCCCCUGAUGCUGAGCUGGGGCAAGAGCAGGCGCUGGUGGCCAACAACUACCCACUCACCCAACUGAACGUCAACCUCAACUCCAACGGUCUAGGGGAUGGGCUGAUGGGGCAGGGCCAGCUCAGCCUGCAGGAGAUACAGAUGGACCCCCAUGACAACGGCAUCCUGCAGGACCACCCGCUGGAAUCCAGCCUCGUGGACCGUGUGGAGCAGCUCAGCAGCGGCAGCACCACCUCCAUCUCGGCCAAGUCUCCAUCGGAGGUUUCCUCCAAGGAGGCUCUGCACGCCAUGAUACUCAGCAUGCCCAGGUACCACUGUGACAACCCGAGCGGAUGCAAGUCCCUGUCCACCGACACCAUCCGCAAACGCCUCUACCGCAUCGGCCUCAACCUCUUCAACCUCAAUCCUGACAAAGGGGUUCAGUUUCUGAUUGCGCGAGGGUUCAUCCCCGACACGCCGAUCGGAGUCGCCCACUUCCUGCUCCAGCGGAAGGGCCUGAGCCGACAAAUGAUCGGAGAGUUCCUGGGCAACAGCAAGAAGCAGUUCAACAGAGACGUCCUAGAUUGCGUUGUCGAUGAGAUGGACUUCUCUAACAUGGAAUUGGAUGAAGCACUGCGCAAGUUCCAGGCUCACAUCCGAGUGCAAGGGGAGGCGCAGAAGGUAGAGCGGCUCAUCGAAGCGUUCAGCCAGCGUUAUUGCGUGUGUAACCCCGACGUGGUUCAACAGUUCCACAACCCGGACACAAUCUUCAUCCUGGCUUUCGCCAUCAUCUUGCUGAACACAGACAUGUACAGCCCCAACAUCAAGCCCGAUCGCAAGAUGAUGCUGGAGGACUUCAUCCGUAACUUACGAGGUGUGGACGACGGUGUGGAUAUUCCUCGGGAGAUGGUCGUUGGUAUUUAUGAACGAAUUCAACAGAAAGAGUUAAAAUCCAACGAAGACCAUGUGACAUAUGUGACCAAAGUAGAGAAAUCAAUCUCGGGAAUGAAAACAGACCUGUCCGUCCCCCACCGGCGGCUGGUGUGUUGCAGCCGGCUCUUUGAGGUGAUGGACAUGAACAAAGCACAGAAGCAGGCGGCCCAUCAGCGGGAGGUGUUUCUCUUCAACGACCUGGUUGUGAUACUUAAACUGUGUGCAAAAAAGAAAAGUUCUGCGGCGUACACCUUUUACAAGUCCAUCGGCUUGCUGGGAAUACAGGUGCAUCUCUUUGAGACGGAAUUUUACCCUCACGGGAUCACCCUGGUCUCAUCGGUGUCUGGCUCGGAGAAGAAGCAGACACUCAGCCUCUGUGCACAAAGCUCAGAGGAGCUGCAGAAGUUCAUUGAGGAGCUGAAGGAGUCGAUAGCUGAAGUGACAGAGAUGGAGCAGGUUCGCAUUGACUGGGAGCUGGAAAAGCAACAGGGAUCGAAAAUCACCUCCACGAAGAACAACGGAGCACAGCUCAACAUCCGGAACAGGCCAGCAUCACCGUCAGGCAAAAAAGAGGUUGGAGAAAGCAAGACCAGUAACACCGCUGUAGAGGUGUCAAUUCACAACAGACUUGAAGCCUACCAGCAUAACGCAGUGGGGGACCAGGACCAACCAAGCAUGUUCCUCGACGUCAAGCAAGACAACUCGACGGCAUCCGGAGCCGUGGAGCAUCUCCCGGCAACAUUACUCCAGUGCCAGCAGGUGGUGAAUGUCAUCGUGCUCCCCGCGCUACCCGACCAGGCGGACAGCCCGCAGAACGCCAGCCCCUCUCACCAGGCGGGGACGGGGGGCGGCAACUCCAACUGCUCGACGCCGCACAAGAUGGCGGACGAGCGGCUUCAGGGGACAGCGGUGAACGCAGGCCAGCAGCCGCCCCUGCCGCCUCCACCCCCUCCCUACAACCACCCCCACCAGUAUUGCCCUCCCAAUCCUUUUGUACACAGACGUAGAUACUCUAGUGGGUCGCGAAGCUUAGUGUAACCUUAAACGCUGCACAAUUCUAAAGCCAGAGUAAGCACGUUUUGAUGCACAGGUCCAUGUCUAACUAAAUUCUCCUCUGAAAAGUCCAAUCAUCUUCCCCCUAUCAAUCCAAUGGCAUUUUUUAUUCUUUCAGUGGUACAUUAACACCAGCAGUCAUGAGUUGAGUGUAGUUUAGACAAUAGACAAUAGGUGCAGGAGUAGGCCAAUCGGCCCUUUGAGCCAGCACCGCCAUUCAAUGUGA